GUCGGCACCAACACGACCGCAGGCACACUAUUGCCAUGGAUAUUCUGGGGCCAAACAUUCAUCUGGGAUACUCUGGGACUAAUUUGGAGGUCAUCGAACAAACGAGGUCGAGGAGCAAGGUUUGCGUUGAGCAAGGUCGUUACUGGGUCAAUCCUCGCGGGUGACAUCCAUUAACAGAAGCUUACACGCGCUUGCCGAAUUUCUCCUCUCAGAUAUUGACGUCUUACUAUCAUCGGGCCCUAAAUGACACCGCGUGUCCUAAUAACAUUCCCGUAUACACGCAUUUACGUACAAUUAUCUCAAUAUAUUUAAUCAUUUAAUAUAAGGGGCGGUUGGCGGUGAAGGUGGCGAUGAUGAUGACAAGGAAAAGGAAGAAGAGGCCGAGAGAGAACGGCUUGAGGCAAUUAAGGAAGCCGAAGACAGGCGUAAGGAAAAACAUCGCAAGAUGGAAGAAGAGAGAGAAAAAAUGCGACAAGAAAUUCGAGAUAAGUAUAAUAUAAAAAAACGUGAAGAAAUUCAAGAAAUAACGCAAGAAGAACCAAAUCCUCUGAUGCGUAAGAAAAAGACACCAGAGGAAUUAGCAGCGGAAGCUGAAGCUGAAGAACAAGAUGAGUUUACAAAAUUAAAACAAACAUUGGAGACACAUGUUACGGAGAUAAAAUCACAACUUGAAAAUAAAUGUAGCUUGCAAUGAGUAACCAAUUAAAAUCUAGUGAUUGUUAUUAAAAAAAAAAAAAAAUUAUUAUCUAGUCACUAAACCAAAAAAUAAAGAGUUAAUAAUUUUAUUAAUCACUGGUAAUUAAUUAAAUAGUAUCAUCUCUAGCAGCCAAUAGAGAUGAGAUACAGGAGUACUCGUACGCUCGAUUGAUUUCGGUUUAAAUAAAAAAAAAAAAAAAAAAGACAAAAAAAAACUACUAAAACAAUCGUCAAAAAUUCGGUCUAUUUUAUUUAUUUGUUUGAAUUUUUAUUAAAAAAAUUUACUAGAUUUUUUUUUUUGGUACCAGAAAAUGUUAAAAUUUUUUUUUGUAAUCUAGGGAUACUAGAAAAUUACAGAACAUUUUAUUUAAAAAGUUGCUGGUCUAAUUUUGAAAAGUAACUAGAAAGAAAAGAGUUUAUAUUAUUUAGGAUCUAGUCAUAUUGGAGUUAAAAAAUCCCUAGAUAAAUUCUUAAAAAAAAUAUUUUUUAUAUAAUUAAAUAAUUGUAGAUUAAUUUUUUAUUACAACUAAUAAUGAAGUAAUAAAAUAAUUUUAUAAGUUUAUUAAAAAUAAUGAUAAUAAUUACGCUACGGUAUUAAUUCUUAUUAAAGGAGAUUAAAAUUAUUUCAAAGGGAUCGUAAAAAGCGUAUUAGAGAGACAAAAAAAGGAAACUUUAAGAAAGUAAUAAUGAAUAAAAAUAAAAAUAUAAAAAAUUUAAGGAGAUGAAAGAAGCUAAAGAACUUAAGUAAAGUAUAACAAAGGGCUUUGAGAUUUAAAUAUAUUACUACAUAUAUAUAUCAAAAAAAAAAAAAGGAAAUUAAUAAUAGAAGAAAUGAGGAUAAGAAUGAAAAAGAAAAGAAAGAGUUUAAAAUUUCUAUCGAUUGAUAAAAGAACUUAAUUGUUUUAGCAGACAUAAAAUAAUUAUAAUUUACUCAUUUCUUUAAAUUUAAUGACAUUGACAUGCUUUUAAUAAUAAUUAUUUAAAUUUGACGAUUGAUAAAUAUAACAAAUAAAAAUUAAUAAUAAUAAUAAUAAUUUAAGCAUCGAAGGGACUCAUUUUCCUCGUAUUAUUAAACAACGAGGA